CGUUCCCUUGCUUGCCUCUUAAAUUAAAGAGAACUCGAAAAUAUCAAAAAAUUCAAAAACUCAAAAAUAUCUUCUCUCUUCUUCUUCUGGUAUACUUCAAAGGCCAUGUUCUGUAUGAAAAAUCAGAUGGAGUGGGACAGCGAUUUCGAUCUCAGCGGCGCAGAUAACGGACCGAUUCCGUUUCCGGUGAGCAGUCUCCCUAAAACGGCGACGUUUGCGUUCGUGGUCAGCGACGCGCUUGACCCUGACCACCCUAUCAUUUACGUCAACACCGUCUUCGAGAUUAUCACCGGCUAUCGCGCUGACGAAGUUAUUGGUAAAAACUGCCGGUUCUUGCAGUGUAGAGGUCCGUAUGCUAAAAGACGACAUCCCUCGGUAGAUUCUACAGUUGUAUCAAAGAUGCGAAGGUGUCUAGAAAAAGGCAUUGAGUUUCAGGGAGAGUUGCUCAACUUCAGGAAAGACGGAUCUCCUUUGAUGAACAAGCUGCGUCUUGUCCCUAUCCGUGAAGAUGACGAGAUCACUCACAUCAUAGGCGUUCUCUUCUUCACCGAUGCAAAACUCGCCCCAUCUCCUGCAAAAGAGAUCACAAGAAAAUCUCGCUCUGCUUUACCAGUUGGAGAGCGUAACGUUUCUCGUGGGCUAUGUGGGAUAUUCGAGCUCAGCGAUGAGGUCAUGGCUUACAGGAUCUUGUCUCAGUUGACUCCUCGUGAUAUCGCGUCGGUUGGUUGCGUGUGUCGGCGGUUUAAUGAGCUGACAAAGAACGAUGACGUGUGGAGAAUGGUCUGCCAGAACACGUGGGGGAGUGAAGCUACACGUGUUCUCGAGACUGUUCCCGGCGCGAAGAGGAUCGGUUGGGUGAGAUUAGCUCGAGAGUUUACCACACACGAAGCAACUGCUUGGAGGAAGUUCUCCGUUGGAGGUAUUGUUCAGCCUUCACGGUGUAACUUCAGCACUUGUGCGGUUGGGAACAAGAUUGUGAUCUUCGGCGGGGAAGGUGUGAACAUGGAACCGAUGAAUGAUACGUUUGUGUUGGAUCUUGGCUCCACUAGUCCCGAGUGGAAAUCUGUUCUGGUUAGCUCUCCUCCUCCUGGUCGUUGGGGUCAUACUCUUUCUUGUGUCAACGGCUCUCGUUUAGUAGUCUUUGGAGGUUACGGUAGCCAUGGGUUACUCAACGAUGUCUUCUUACUAGACCUUGAUGCAGACCCUCCUACAUGGAGAGAAGUAUCCGGUUUAGCCCCUCCUAUACCGAGAUCAUGGCAUAGCUCGUGCACACUAGAUGGAACUAAGCUGAUUGUAUCUGGUGGUUGUGCUGAUUCAGGAGCUUUGCUUAACGAUACGUUCUUGCUUGACCUUUCGAUGGAUACACCAACUUGGAAGGAGAUAAGAGUUCCAUGGUCUCCUCCAUCUCGCCUCGGGCAUACUUUAACAGUGUACGGUGACCGGAAGAUACUUAUGUUCGGUGGUCUUGCGGAAUAUGGUUCUAGGAGGUUCCGGUCUAAUGAUGUAUACACGAUGAAUCUUAGUGAGGAUACACCGUGCUGGAGACCUGUGGUUGGGUAUGGAACUAGCCUUCCUGGAGGCGUUGCAGCUCCGAGGUUGGAUCAUGUGGCGAUUAGUCUCCCGGGUGGGCAAAUCUUGAUCUUUGGUGGUUCGGUUGCAGGGCUUGACUCGGCUUCUCAGCUUUAUCUUCUUGAUCCAACGGAGGAGAAACCGGCUUGGAGAGUGUUGAAUGUUAAGGGAAGCUCGCCGCAGUUUGCGUGGGGACACACGACAUGUGUGGUGGGAGGGACUAGGUUGGUCGUCUUUGGUGGCCAGACAGGUGAAGAGUGGAUGUUAAAUGAAGUUCAUGAACUGUUGUUAGCCAACUCUAGUACUAAAAUCACCUCAUCGAGACAUGAAGAGAAGAGGCUCUUCUAGAAAUGGAAACUCAGAUGGUUCUUAGUUUCUCUGUACAUGGUGAGUUUGAGAGUCCAUGUUUUGUUAGUAUUUUGGGUGUUAUGGUAUUUGUAUAUUCAACAUUACGAAUCUUAUUUGUAUAUUCCUUCUUGUGUAGUACAAUUUUGUAGGUGACCGGAUGAUCCAAAACCAAACUUAAUGUUAAAAUCUGCUGUAUUUCUCUUC